CCUGCUGGGCCGGGGGCGGCUGCGGUGUCGGAGCUGCGUGGCGGAGUGAAAUUGCAUAAAAAUGUCGCUCUAUCCUUCCCUGGAAGAUUUGAAGGUGGACAAAGUAAUUCAGGCCCAGACUGCCUUUUCUUCAAACCCAGCUAAUUCAGCAAUUUUGUCUGAAGCCUCAGCACCCAUUCCUCAAGAUGCAAGCUUAUAUCCCAGACUUUAUCCUGAACUCUCUCAAUACAUGGGCCUCAGUCUUAAUGAAGAAGAAAUACAAAGAAACCUGCAAGUGACUGCUGCUCCACAGUCUCAGGGUCAGCAGUUGGUAACAAGGCCUUCCACUGUGAAUUAUAUGGUGGCCCCAGUAACAGGAAAUGAUGUUGGACUUCUCAGAGCAGAAAUUAAACAAGGUCUCCGUGAAGUAAUCUUGUGCAAAGAUCAGGAUGGCAAAAUUGGGCUUCGCCUUAAAUCUGUAGACAAUGGUAUAUUUGUCCAGUUAGUACAGGCUAACUCUCCAGCAUCUCUUGUUGGUCUGAGGUUUGGGGACCAAAUUCUGCAGAUCAGUAGUGAAAACUGCGCAGGGUGGAGCUCUGAUAAAGCCCACAAAGUUCUCAAACAGGCUUCUGGAGAGAGAAUUCCAAUGAUUGUGCGUGACAGGCCUUUUGAACGAAUUAUUGUUAUGCAUAAGGACAGCACAGGACAUGUUGGCUUCAUAUUCAAAAAUGGAAAAAUAACUUCAAUAGUAAAAGACAGUUCAGCUGCAAGAAAUGGGCUACUUACAGAACACCACUUAUGUGAAAUUAAUGGCCAGAAUGUAAUUGCCUUGAAGGACUCCCAGAUUGCAGACAUCUUGGCAACAGCUGGGAAUGUGGUGACCAUUACUGUAAUGCCUUCCCACAUCUAUGAAUACAUUAUUAAGAGGAUGGCAUCUAACAUUAUGAAAAGCCUGAUGGAUCACUCAAUCCCUGAAGUUUAAACAGAGCCAUUGUGUAUCCAUUUGUGUAAUAGGCACUCAUCUAAACUUGGGCUAUUAUACUCAGCGAAUUCUAUAUUCUGCACAUGAGCCUUUCUUGAGGCCAAAAGAGAGAUGCUGCAUUGAGCAUUUGCAUUAUAUUCUAUGCCUGGGAAUAUUACAGUUCAACAUGUUAUCUUGGUUCAUGCAAAAAAAGUAAGACUUUUGUAGCCUUAUGUUGGUUUUACACGUGAAACUAAUCACGUUCUGAUUUCUUUCUUAGGGUCAUGUUACUAUUAUGAGAAGCCAUUUCAAUUAAAGGAAAGUAAUUGUAAUCUUUAGGUGAUCUAGUCAUUUCCUAGCUGAAACUUAUAAAAAGCACAGCAAUGUUCUUUUUUUGAACAAAUAAGUAUUUUUACAGCUUUCAGUUUGCAACAAUAUAGUUGGAAUAGUAUAUUAGAGUUAUGAUUAUUAGUGCUAGUUUGGUUUGGUUUUUUUUCUGUAUUGUUUACAAAAGAAUGUCAGUUAAACUGAGUGUAGCUAAUGUUGGCAUCAUUCCAUAAAUAAGCAUUUUAAAUGGAAAAUUGUACAGAUAAAAAUUGAUUUAUGUUGUACUAGAAUCUUUUUACUGCUCUCAUUUUACAAAAUGUAACUCUAAAAUGUGACUACAUUCUGUCGCCUUAACUAAUGUUUAAACAGUUCAGGAAUAACCUAAUAAAAUCAUAGUAAAAGUA